AUGGCAGACAAAGAGCAAUCCAGCGUCGCGACACCAGCGGACGACCUGUGGAUGAAGGACCUCACACUCGUGUUUGUGUUCAGUGAUGGCGAUGAUAAUGGCAACGGAGAGGGUGUGGGGUUGCCGCGGAAGCGCGUACUCCUUGGCAUGAAGAAGCGCGGCUUUGGAUCCGACAGGUUCAACGGAUUCGGCGGGAAGCUGGAGCCUGGGGAAACAGUGGAGCAGGCCGCCAUUCGCGAACUCAAAGAGGAGAGUUCCUUGGAUGCGCAGACAAUGGUGCCGCGUGGCCAACUCUACUACGAGUUUGAGGGCAGCCCGAAAGUGCUUCAUGUGCACGUCUUCGAAGCGACCGCUUGGACGGGCAACGCGCAGGAGUCAGAAGAGAUGCGGCCAGAGUGGUUUGAUGUCGACGCCAUUCCGUUUCACCACAUGUGGGUUGACGAUCACAUCUGGUUUCCGCGCCUCCUGGCAGCAACGCCGUUCACCGGGUACUUCUACACGCGUGGCGAACACAUCAUCUUGGCGCACGCGCUUGAGGACGGCGGCGAUGUGAGCUUUGAUCGUCUCCGCACCACCGCCCUCAAGCAACUGCAGGAGCAAUAG